AACCAGCCACCGCAAAAUAGCUCUCUGGAUAGCUUCCGUCACCGUCUAAAACAAGUUUUUUUUUAUCUUCUGACAUCUCCGUCUAAAACAAGUUAAUCAAGCAAGACGGACAGGACGCUGAUGUAUCAUUGAGAUUACAACAGAACGAGGGAAAUCAUUUGGUGUACUAGUGAAAAAAGUGCAUGAGCAUUGUGCUCAGCAGACAUUAGACAUGACAUGGCUGGUACAUGCUACUGUGUUGUCACGUCGCCGGCCUGUCUACCAAUCAGGUCCAAAUUGGUGCCAAGAAACUCACUGUGUUGCAUCCCUCCUCGCCUGCUCCUACCAAAGGAAGAAGCAAUCAUUAAAGAAAAAGCUACUCCUAUUAACUUGGAGGAUGCUUUGGUUGAGUCACUUGACUAUUCCUAUGGCACUCUUCUAAUUACUCCUUCACAGCCUCCCAGGGUUCCAUUCUCAGAUGCUCCGCAUACCAAUGGCCACCUUAGCCGCAGCAAUCCCCGUAGCCACCGCCUGGGCGUCCUGCCGCCGCCCUGGCGCCGGACGGCGCGGCAGAACCUUCUUCGCUGCGCGCUCCUCCUCCUCCUCCUCCGCGGACGACCGCAAGGCUCUCUUCGGCCGCGUCGCUCCAGUCUACGACCAGAUCAUGGACGUGUUCAGCCUAGGGCAGCACCGGGCGUGGAAGCGCGAUUGUGUCUCUUGGUCCAGGGCCAAGAGAGGGGACAAGGUUCUUGAUCUCUGCUGCGGGAGCGGCGACUUGGCGUUCCUCGUGUCCGAGAUGGUUGGGUUGCAUGGAGAGGUCAUGGCUGUAGAUUUCUCAGGGCAGCAACUGCAAACCGCUGCUCGCCGCGCGGAACAACGCUGGAAGCCUUGCUACGGGAAUAUAAGAUGGAUCGAGGGUGAUGCACUCGAUUUGCCUUUCGAGGACUGCGACUUCGACGCCGUUACCAUGGGUUACGGACUACGGAACGUGGUUGACAAACCGAAAGCCAUGGAGGAGAUUUUUAGAGUCCUAAAACCAGGAUCAACGGCAUCUAUCCUAGAUAUCAACAAGAAAUCAUUAUUUUUGAUCCAGAGUUGGGUGGUUGAUAAUCUUGUAGAUAUUUGCGCUCGAUAUGGCUAUGGACUCACUGAAGAGUACAAAUACUUGAAGCACUCGAUAUCAGAGUAUCUAACAGAAGAGGAGCUAGAGAAGUUAGCCCAAGACGUUGGGUUUUCUUCGGCCGAGCACCACGACCUCGCUGGAGGCCUCAUGGGGAACCUUGUUGCAACUCGUUCAUCUUGAGUUGUAGCCAAGAUAUAUUACUCAUUCUGAUCCUAAAUUCUUGACUCAAGUUUGCCUAAAUAUGGAUGUAUCUAUUCUUGAAAAUCGUCUAGAUACACGUAAUAUUUCAACAACAAUUUAGGAUCGGAAGGAGUAGAUCUCUGUAUGAUUUUUCUGAACAUUUGUAUUAUGCCUUUAUGCUGGAUGCCUUUCCUCUACGUGCAUUUUCUCACUCAAGGUGGGCUGGAGCAAGGCUGCUCAACUACACCCUCUGGACCAUGGCAUUGAUCUUCUAAAUCAAUUAUUUGGAGGAAAAUUUAUAUUCUGAAGGGUAGGAUUUGAGCUCCAACACCUUGCAUCGUCAUGGACCAUGGCAUUGAUCUUCUAAAACAUUGAUUCUUCACGGUAUUGCGAAGUGCUUUUAAUGCCAAGCUAUACUGUGAUAA